CUCUUCACAUGUCCCAAAUGAUGCAGUUUUCAUCUUUUCAUGUUCUCAUUACUACUUUUCUCUUCUUAACAUCAUCACUACUGUUUCUUUGGAGGAGAUCCAUAGCCAAGGCUCAAAAUGCCAAUUUGCCCCCAGGACCUUGGAAGGUCCCAAUUAUUGGGAACUUGCAUCAGUUGGCUUUGGGUGGCUCAUUACCGCAUUACUCCUUAAGAAACUUGGCCAAAAAAUAUGGACCAGUUAUUCAUCUGCGGUUAGGAGAGGUUUUGGCUAUACUAAUUUCCUCACCAGAAGCAGCCAAAGAGAUUUUGCAAACACAUGACCUGGUGUUUGCUCAAAGGCCUCAUACUCUUACAAUGGAAGUGAUCUCAAAAGAACACCCGGGUAUUAUUUCUUCUCCCUAUGGCGAAUACUGGAGGCAAAUGCGAAAAAUUUGUGUGCUGGAGCUGCUAAGCACGAAGAGAGUCCAAUCAUUCAAGACAGUAAGAGAAGAAGAAACAUGGAGUAUGAUUGAGUCCAUCUACUCUUCCCAUGGGGUCACCAUCAACCUUAGCAAGAUGAUAUUUUCCAUGACGAAUUCCGUGAUUUCCAGGGCGGCCUUCGGGAAGAAAUGCAGGGGCCAAGAGGAAUUUGUGUCAACACUUGACGAGUUGGUGAAGUAUGGAACAGGUUUAGAUAUUGCUGAUUUGUUCCCUUCACUCAAAUUUGUUGGUGUUGUUACUGGAAUGAAGCCUACUUUGCAGAGGUUAUACCAGAGACUUGACAAAACUCUUGAUGAUAUUAUUAAUGAUCAUAUUGUGAAAGCAAAAGAACAAAUCAUCAGAAAUGAACUUGAUGAACCACAGGAAGAGGAUUUAGUUGAUGUGCUCUUAAGACUCCAAAAGUCAAAUGAGCUCAAAUUUGAGGUCACAACCAAUCACAUAAAAGGUGUCAUUCUGGAUAUUUUGGCUGCUGGAGGAGAAACUGGAGCAGCUAGCAUAGAAUGGGCAAUGGCAGAGCUACUUAAAAAUCCAAGAGUAAUGAAGAAGGCACAAGAUGAGGUACGAAAAGUCUUGCGAGGAAAGGCGAAGAUUGAAGAAGCUGAUGUUCAAAAACUGGAUUACCUGAAAUCAGUAGUUAAAGAAACACUAAGAUUACAUCCUUCUGCUCCCUUGUCAGUAAGAGAGGCCAGGGAAAGUUGUAAAGUUCUUGGAUAUGAAAUACCAUACAAAGCAAGAGUGAUAAUCAAUUUGUGGGCAUUAGGGAGAGAUUCAAAACAUUGGAACAAUGCUGAGAGGUUUCAGCCAGAGAGGUUUCAUGGUUCUUCCAUUGAUUUUAUAGGAACCAACUUUGAGUUCAUUCCAUUUGGGGCAGGAAGAAGGGUAUGUCCAGGAAUAUCCUUUGGUAUUUCAAACAUUGAGAUGGCACUUGCUCAGUUGUUGUAUCACUUUGAUUGGAAACUUGCCAAUGGUGCCAGAUUUGAGGAGCUAGACUUGACUGAGGUUUUUAGUGCAACCAAUAGGAUCAAGAACAAUUUGUUAUUGAUUGCCAAACCCUUAGUUCUCUUUAAUGAGUAAGCACAUUA